AGCAAUCACAGUAACUAGCUAUCACUCUUCCAAGGAACUGAGUACAGAAAUACACAUUCUUAAAAAAGAUGGGAACCUCAUUUGGGUUGAGGCAUUUGCCUCAACUCAUCUACGCAAUAGCAUUUUGCGUAAUUGCAAGCAGUGUCGCUGCUGAUGAUUAUAAGCCUUACUAUGGCGGCCAACCAAACAACAACUAUCCGCAACCAACACCACCAAGUCAUGGACAACAGCCACCAUAUUAUUUCAAAUCACCUCCAUAUUACUACAAAUCCCCACCUCCACCUUCUCCAUCGCCACCACCUCCAUAUGUCCACAAAUACCCACCUUAUUACUACAAAUCUCCACCUCCACCAUCUCCCUCACCACCUCCUCCGUAUGUGUACAAGUCCCCACCACCUCCAUCUCCCUCUCCUCCUCCUCCAUAUGUCUACAAGUCACCACCUCCUCCAUCACCUUCACCUCCCCCACCAUAUGUCUAUAAGAGUCCACCACCACCCUCUCCAUCACCACCACCUCCAUAUGUCUACAAGUCUCCUCCUCCACCAACACCCUCACCUCCCCCGCCCUAUGUUUACAAGUCACCACCACCUCCUUCCCCUUCACCUCCUCCUCCAUAUGUCUACAAGUCACCACCUCCUCCAUCUCCUUCACCUCCCCCACCAUAUGUCUAUAAGAGUCCACCACCACCCUCUCCAUCACCACCACCUCCAUAUGUCUACAAGUCUCCUCCUCCACCAUCACCCUCACCUCCCCCACCUUAUGUUUACAAGUCACCACCACCUCCAUCCCCUUCACCUCCUCCUCCAUAUGUCUACAAGUCACCACCACCACCAUCCCCAUCUCCACCACCUCCAUAUAUUUACAAGUCCCCACCACCACCAUCCCCAUCACCCCCUCCACCAUAUAUAUACAAGUCUCCUCCUCCACCAUCACCCUCCCCUCCCCCACCAUAUGUAUAUAAAUCACCACCACCCCCAUCUCCAUCCCCCCCUCCACCAUAUGUCUACAAGUCACCACCUCCACCAUCCCCAUCUCCACCACCUCCAUAUGUCUACAAAUCUCCACCCCCACCAUCACCUUCACCCCCUCCACCAUAUGUAUAUAAGUCACCACCUCCUCCAUCCCCCUCACCACCUCCUCCAUAUGUUUACAAGUCCCCACCCCCACCAUCACCUUCUCCUCCCCCACCCUAUAUUUAUAAGUCGCCACCACCUCCAUCUCCUUCACCUCCUCCUCCAUAUGUCUACAAGUCACCACCUCCACCAUCCCCAUCUCCACCACCACCAUAUGUCUACAAAUCUCCACCCCCACCAUCACCUUCACCCCCUCCACCAUAUGUAUAUAAGUCACCACCUCCUCCAUCUCCCUCUCCUCCCCCACCAUAUGUUUACAAGUCACCACCUCCACCGUCUCCAUCCCCACCACCUCCAUACGUUUAUAAGUCACCUCCUCCAGCAUCUCCUUCACCACCUCCUCCAUAUAUCUACAAGUCACCACCACCACCAUCCCCUUCACCACCCCCUCCAUACGUCUAUAAGUCCCCUCCUCCUCCUUCUCCUUCACCCCCUCCUCCAUAUGUUUACAAAUCUCCUCCCCCACCAUCUCCUUCACCUCCUCCACCCUAUGUCCAUAAGUCACCUCCACCUCCUUCAGCUUCACCACCUCCUCCAUACUACUACAAAUCUCCACCUCCACCUUCUCCAUCACCUCCUCCACCAUAUGUCUAUAGGUCACCGCCACCUCCUUCGCCUUCACCACCGCCUCCUUAUAUUUACAAGUCUCCACCAUCUCCAUCACCUCCUCCAUAUCAUCCCUACCUCUACAGCUCACCCCCGCCUCCCAUCUAUUAAGCUUCCGGCUAUCAUUUGAAAUUUUUUCAAUGAAUUAUAUUCAGCAUUGUUGUGGUUAAUUUGUUUUCUAGUGAAUUAAUAGCCUUAUUUUGAUUCAAAUGCAUCUGUGCAUGUAUGGUGUUAAUUCAUAAGUUUGUGUUUAUUUAUCUCCUUUAGUUGUUUUUAAAAAAAAUUA